UAUGGUCUAGCUAUUAGUCUACCCAGUGCAAAGAAUAUCCAACAACUGGGAUCUUGUCAAAACACAUGCAUAAGACGGAUAUUUGGUGGCUCUCAUCGAUCAUCAGUAAAGGUGAUGCUUCAUAUGGUAAACCAACCAUCAAUGAAGGUUAGGGUGUCUGUUCUGCAGGCCCAUUUCAUUUUCCAUGCUAUUGAUUUACCAGGUGAUACCUUGCUCGUUAAAUUACUUCCUGAGUUUCAGGCAUCCGCUUUCAACACUCAAU